AUGUCGAACCAGUCCGCCAUGGACUUAGGCAGCAACUCAAAGGAAGAAGAUAUCUCAGAUGGUGCAAAUAGGGGAACUAAAAGGAAACACAGCGACGCCAGUAAAGACCCGCCUCAGCUUAGUGUUAAACUUCCCCGCAUGAGUGAUAUCCAAUCACCAACAAAGGAUCGGAAUCAUGCACGCCUUCCUGUCGACAUUUUGUUACUGACUGUAAAGGACUGUGAGUUCUUAGCUUGUUAUAUGCACCUGAACAAUCCGUUCAGAUGUUGGUUCGAUGGUCUCGGUUUUGUUUACUUCGAGGACGAGAAUGAAGGCCAAGAGGAGAAAGUAGAAGUUGCUUUAUUGCGAUGCCAUGAAGGUUCUAGUGGUCCGGGAGGCUCCAUAGUAACUACAAAAAAUGCUGUCUCAGUGCUUAUGCCCAAAGCAGUUAUUUUAGUGGGAACGUGCGGUAGCCUCCGUCCUGAGGAAACCAAAUUGGGUGAUGUUGUAAUUUCUGCCAAAUUGACAACAUAUGGAUUGAAGGUAGUGACAAGUGAUAAAGAGCUGCACAAUAAUACAAGAACGUUUGCUAGCAAAAGAUUUCUUGACCUCAUUAAGGAUUCAGCUCUUGGCUGGGAGGCUCCCUUGGAGAACUCGGAAGAUCGAGAUGUCAAAAUUCACAGCAGCGGUGAGCUGUUGAGCGUUCAAGUAAUCAAUACAGAAUUGCGGCGUAAACAGCUGGCUGAAACCUUUCCUCUGGCAGUGGCUGUUGACACCGAAGCCGAAGGUAAUGAAAUCCCUGGUGGGGUAGGGGUGGAAAGUUGGGGGCUGGGGUAUUAUAGCAAAAUUAGAAAAAAUAGGUUGCCCAUAGCAACGCGUCCUUUUUAAUGCCCUUAGGGGGUCCCUUAGGGGCAGGUUAAAAACAAGCGCGAGAUUUAACGAGCGCGCAAUCAAACUUGAUUGCGAUCGUCGCGACUUCGAUUACGUCGAAAACACCCAGACAGAGGCUCACCAUUUGGAUAAUCUGUUCAGCCUUCUAGGUUUUUAAAAUUUACAGGUUUUGAGAACGCACCUUUCAAUUUGAUAUCCUGUCAUUCAUUUCAUUUCUCAGCUAUACUCAAUGGUCCCAUUUAUAAGUGGUGCCGUGUUUCUGUUGCAGGACUGUACACAGCUGCAUUUGACCUCCAAGUUGAGUGGCUUGUUGUAAAGGGAAUUUCUAGUUAUGCAGAUGGCAGAGAGACCACAAAUGAAAAAUGGAGCCAAUUUGCAAGUGCUAAUGCCGCUUCUCUAGUUGCCAAGAUUUUAAAUGAUGAUGUUGUCUUCAAAAGAUGGCCUCAUUAUCAAGGAAACGACGACAAUUUUAUCAAAGGUAGGUUCGUUUAG